AUGGGGCCUCUCCUCUGCGCCGCCUUCCUCUCCGCCACUCUCCUCGCCCUGGCCGCCGUCGGCGAUGCGCACGCCUUCAACGAUUUCCGCAACAUCUUCAAGCCGCGCUCCGAGAAAGACUAUUUCCACAACUUCCACCACGCGCUCCAUGGGAAGCAGGAGCAGACGACCCCUCGCGGCAGCGACCAGCAGCAACUCAUAGCCGUGCCGGCGGCGGGCGGGAACGGUCUCAUGAGGGUGCCGACCCGGUCUCCGCUCACCGCGGUGGCGCAGGACAGGGUGGUGCUCCCCGUGGACAACGCCGCGGGGUUCCCCGGCGCGUGGUCCACCGUGAGCGAGAACGCGGGCGUGUCCGCGAUGCACAUGGUGGUCAUGCGGCACGGCAAGGCCAUCAUGUUCGACACGGUUACGACGGGGCCGUCGCUGAUGAGGCUACCCAAAAAGAACUGCCGCCCGGACCUGCGGAGCAAGCAGCCUGGCGCCGUGGACUGCUCCGCGCACGCCGUCGAGUUUGAUUACAGCACUGGCGCAGUCAGGUCCCUCAAGAUCGUAACAGACACGUGGUGCUCGUCCGGCGCGUUCGACGUGGACGGCAACCUGGUGCAGACCGGCGGCUACUUCGAAGGGGAGAAGGUUGUGAGAUACCUGAGCCCGUGCGGCAACUGCGACUGGAGGGAGUUCCCCGGGAGCUUGGCCGAAGGAAGAUGGUACGCGACGCAGCAGGUGCUCCCGGACGGCCGCUUCAUCGUGAUUGGUGGCCGGCGCGCGUUCAGCUACGAGUUCGUCCCGGCGGCCGGCCAGUCGAAUCCCAACGCCGGUCCCCUCCCGUUCCUUCGUGAAACCACCGACGACGUGGAGAACAACCUGUACCCGUUCGUCCACCUUCUCCCCGACGGGAACCUCUUCAUUUUCGCCAACGACCGCUCAGUCGUGUUCGACCCGCGCACCGGCCAGGUCCUCCGCGAGCUCCCGAUCCUCCCUGGGGGAGGCCGGAACUACCCUGCUUCCGGCAUGUCCGCGCUUCUCCCCCUCGACCUCCGCCGCGGCGAUGUGCUCACGCCCGAGGUCAUCGUCUGCGGCGGCGCCCCCAAGGCGGCCUUCAAGCUCGGUGAGAGCAACACGUUCCCGGGCGCGCUCCGGGACUGCGCGCGCAUCAAUCCGUCCAAGCCCGAUGCGCGGUGGGCGAUCGACCUGAUGCCCGUCAGCCGCGUCAUGGGCGACUUGCUGAUCCUGCCCACCGGCGACCUGCUCAUGCUCAACGGCGCGGCCAAGGGCUGCUCCGGGUGGGGCUUCGGCCGACAGCCGGUGCUGAGCCCGCUCCUCUAUUCGCCGCGGCAGCCUCGGGGCUCGCGGUUUCGCACUCUGGCCGCGACGACCAUCCCGCGCAUGUACCACGCCUCCAGCGCGGUGCUGCCCGACGCCACCGUGCUCGUGGCCGGCAGCAACACCAACUCGGCCUACAACUUUAGCGGCGUCGACUUCCCGACCGAGGUGCGGGUCGAGCGGUUCUCCCCGCCGUACCUCGCCCCGGAACGCGCCGCCAACCGGCCCGCAAUCGACGUGGCGUCCGUCCCCGGAGACGGGAUGCUGUACGGGGCCAAGUUCACGUUCCAGUUCUCGACGCCUUUGCAGGCCGUGGCCGAGGGAGACGUGAAGGUGACCAUGUACGCGCCUCCCUUCACGACGCACGGGUACUCCAUGAACCAGAGGCUGCUGGUACUGUCCGUCACCGCGUUCGCGGCCAACGGGCAGAGAUACACGGUAACAGUCGACGCUCCGGCGACGCCGGAGCUCGCACCGCCCGGCUACUACCUUGUGUACGUCGUGGCGAAGGGGGUGCCGAGCAAUGCCGCGUGGGUGAAGAUACACAAGUAA